CUGAUAAAGACUGUCAGCGCCGAGCGGAGCCACACACAGAAGCUGCGCCACGGUGAGGCACGGCACGGCACGGCACGGGUUGCACACAGAGGACUGAAACCGGGUGAAUGCAGUCUUUAACACGGGACACUGCUGCAGACCACCAUUUCCGGAGAUAAGAGUCAUUUACACCCAAGACAGGGACGAGGAGCUCACCACAUUUCUCCUUCGUGUUUCUGGUUGCGUAAUACGCGUGGAGAAAGUGUUCACGGGGGGGGACACUGACGUUAGGGAUCCGACUGCACUUGGGAAACUCCUGAUUCAUUUUAAAGUGUUUAUUUUUUAAAGAGCCCACAAGGUACAAAGCUGAAACAGGAGUCGUCUGUCCGCCAUGGAGAACUCUCACACGAAGAGUGUGGAAGAAGUUUACAGUUAUUUCUGCGUCAAUGAAAGCACAGGACUUUCCCUGGACGAGGUGAAGCGACAGAAGGACAAAUGGGGCCCAAACGAGCUGCCGGCGGAGGAGGGGAAAUCUUUGUGGGAGCUUGUCCUUGAACAAUUUGAAGAUUUACUGGUUCGGAUUCUUCUGCUGGCCGCAUGUAUAUCUUUUAUCCUCGCCUGGUUCGAGGACGGAGAGGAAACUAUCACAGCCUUCGUGGAGCCUUUCGUCAUCUUACUCAUUCUUAUAGCCAACGCCAUCGUCGGGGUGUGGCAGGAACGCAAUGCUGAGGAUGCCAUCGAGGCGCUGAAGGAGUACGAGCCUGAGAUGGGGAAAGUGUACCGGCAGGACAGGAAGACUGUGCAGAGGAUCAAGGCCCGAGACAUCGUGCCCGGAGACAUCGUGGAGAUUGCUGUUGGAGACAAGGUGCCCGCUGACAUCCGGAUCUCUUCCAUCAUCUCAACGACUCUCAGGGUGGACCAGUCCAUUCUGACCGGUGAAUCUAUCUCCGUCAUCAAACACACCGACCCUGUUCCCGACCCUCGUGCUGUCAAUCAGGACAAGAAGAACAUGCUCUUCUCCGGUACUAACAUUGCAGCUGGGAAGGCCGUGGGCGUGGUCGUGGCCUCUGGUGUGAACACUGAGAUCGGUAAGAUCCGUGACGAGAUGGCGGCCACCGAGCAGGAGAAGACGCCGCUGCAGCAGAAGCUGGACGAGUUUGGUGAGCAGCUGUCCAAGGUCAUCUCCCUCAUCUGCAUCGCCGUGUGGAUCAUCAACAUCGGCCACUUUAACGACCCCGUCCACGGCGGCUCCUGGAUCCGCGGGGCCGUCUACUACUUCAAGAUCGCCGUGGCGCUGGCUGUGGCCGCCAUCCCCGAGGGUCUUCCUGCCGUCAUCACCACCUGCCUGGCCCUGGGCACUCGCCGCAUGGCCAAGAAGAACGCCAUCGUCCGCAGCCUGCCAUCCGUGGAGACGCUGGGCUGCACCUCGGUCAUCUGCUCGGACAAGACAGGAACCCUGACCACCAACCAGAUGUCUGUCUGCAGAAUGUUCGUAGUAAACAAAGCUGAAGGUGCCAGCUGCGCUCUGUCAGAGUUCACCAUCACAGGAUCUACCUACGCACCGGAGGGAGAAGUGUACCAGAAUGAUAAACCAGUGAAGUCCUCCCAGUUCGACGCGCUGGUUGAACUGGCUACCAUCUGUGCGCUGUGCAAUGACUCCUCUCUGGACUUUAACGAGGUGAAAGGUGUGUACGAGAAGGUCGGCGAGGCCACGGAGACCGCGCUGACCUGCUUGGUGGAGAAGAUGAACCCUUUCGACACCGAAGUCCACAACCUGUCCAAGAUCGACCGAGCCAACGCCUGCAACUCCGUGAUCAAGCAGCUGAUGAAGAAGGAGUUCACUCUGGAGUUCUCCAGAGACAGGAAGUCCAUGUCCGUCUAUUGCACUCCCAACAAGUCUCGCUCUUCCAUGGGCAAGAUGUUCGUCAAGGGCGCCCCGGAGGGAGUUAUUGAGAGGUGCACCCACGUCAGAGUUGGCACCAGCAAAAUUCCCGCCACGAAAGAGAUCAAGGAGAAGAUCUUGUCUGUGAUCCGGGACUACGGGACGGGUCGCGACACCCUCAGGUGCCUCGCCCUCGCCACACGAGACACUCCACCCAAAGUGGAGGACAUGAUUCUGACUGAGACGGCCAAGUUCUCGGAGUACGAGUCCGACUUGACCUUCGUGGGCUGCGUCGGCAUGCUGGACCCUCCUCGACAGGAAGUGGCGGCCUCCAUCAAGCUGUGCCGUCAGGCCGGCAUCCGCGUCAUCAUGAUCACCGGAGACAACAAGGGCACUGCCGUGGCUAUCUGCCGCCGCAUCGGCAUCCUGGGCGAGGAUGACGACGUGGAGUCCAUGGCCUACACUGGACGAGAGUUUGACGAACUUUCGCCCUCGGCUCAGCGCGACGCCGUCACUCACGCUCGCUGCUUCGCCCGCGUUGAGCCGUCGCACAAGUCCAAGAUUAUUGAGAUCCUGCAAGGAUUUGACGAGAUCACUGCGAUGACGGGUGACGGAGUGAACGAUGCUCCGGCCCUGAAGAAGGCAGAGAUCGGCAUCGCCAUGGGCUCGGGCACCGCCGUGGCCAAGUCGGCCUCGGAGAUGGUCCUCGCAGACGACAACUUCUCUUCCAUCGUGGCGGCCGUAGAAGAAGGCCGAGCGAUCUACAACAACAUGAAGCAGUUCAUCAGAUACCUCAUCUCCUCCAACGUGGGCGAGGUCGUCUGCAUCUUCCUCACGGCGGCGCUGGGCUUCCCCGAGGCGCUGAUCCCCGUGCAGCUGCUCUGGGUCAACCUGGUGACCGACGGCCUCCCGGCCACCGCGCUGGGCUUCAACCCCCCCGACCUGGACAUCAUGGAGAAGCCUCCUCGUAACGCUAAGGAGGCGCUCAUCUCCGGCUGGCUCUUCUUCAGAUACCUGGCCAUCGGAUGCUACGUGGGGGCAGCCACAGUGGGAGCUGCUGCCUGGUGGUUCACUGUGUCUGAAGACGGACCUCAGAUCACUCUGUACCAGCUGAGCCACUUCCUGCAGUGCGCCCCAGACAACCCAGACUUUGACGGGCUGGACUGCCACGUGUUUGAGUCGCCCUACCCGAUGACCAUGGCGCUGUCUGUGCUCGUCACCAUCGAGAUGUGCAAUGCUCUCAACAGCCUGUCGGAGAACCAGUCUCUGCUCAGGAUGCCUCCCUGGGAGAACGUUUGGCUCCUGGGGGCCAUCUGCCUCUCCAUGUCCCUCCACUUCCUCAUCCUCUACGUGGAGCCGCUUCCUGUCAUCUUCCAGAUCACCCCUCUGGACACGACCCAGUGGAUGAUGGUGCUGAAGAUGUCUCUGCCCGUCAUCCUGCUGGACGAGCUGCUGAAGUUCAUGGCCAGGAACUACUUGGACUUUGGUAAACAGCACGCGGAGAAGCCGGCCAGCCGAGGCCGCUCUCUGUCCGCAUGUGCCGAGGGCAUCUCCUGGCCCUUCGUGGCCGUCUCGCUGCCCCUGGUGCUGUGGAUCUACAGCACCGACACUAACGUGUCCGCCAUGCUGUGGCCCUGACUGACUCCAGCACCCCCCCUCCCUGUGCACCAGUGUGACGUGGACAUUAACACACACAUCUAACAGCUACAUUAACUCGGAUCAACGUCUGUCAGAUCUUUUUAGGACAUUUCCACCAUGUGUUUUGGGCGGGGCGGGGCGGGGGGGUCGUAUUCUAAUGACUGACAUGUUUCAUUUCACCAUCACGCUUUUCUCUCUUUUGAUCCCUCGUUUUCAGAAAUGCCCACCGUGUCGGAGCUGUGUGUUGAGCUGUACAGAGAAUUUACACUAUUUUAUGAUAAUUAAUAUUUUGUAAUGUUUUGGGAGGGGCUGUGGGGACAAAAGUAAUAACGCUGGGUGUGGAGCGGAGGUUGAGGACCGUGUAGUAUCAUUCUAGUUUUGGGGCAGAGACUUGAAUAUAUUUGCCCCCGCAGGAGUCUGUCGUCGUUUUUUGAGCUCCAUCGUCAAUCCUUGUUUUCUGCGUCGGGCAGAGCGCAGCUACCUCGAUGCUGUUAAUGCGAUCAUUCGUACGUCUGUCUUAACAAUCAUUUCAUAGAUUCUCGUUAAAGGUGUUGAGGUAAGCACCGAUGUGUCUCGUGUUAAAGAUAUAUUCCCUCUGCUCGGAGGUGAGGACUCGGAUGUUACUCGGUAGAUUCUUUUGAUAAAACCUGUUAAAUUUGUUUACUUGAAGAAAACGUUUGUUUUUGAUUUUCAACUUUCAGUCUUAAUUUUUGCAUCUUAAUUCCAGUAAUCUUUUUAAUGUAUAUGUAUAUUGUGCACAUACUGUACUUGAAUAUGUAAAAAGGCACCAAGAAGCUGUUAGUCUUAUCAACUGAGCACAACAUGGACGAGCGGCCAUUGGAAGAGUCUGUAUAUCUGUACAUAGCACACAAGUAGAAUCUCUGUAGAGAUCUUUUGUUGUUGUUGCUGUCGAAAUGCUCCGUACAUCUCCACGAGUUUACCGAAGCGUAGCUUUAGCCUUCCUGCAUGCCUGCUCCAGUAAUACCAGGCCAGUGAGUGCUUUGUGGUUUUUUUGUUUUAAAGCUAAUUGUUGUUUCUUCCAAUGCCUUCAACCCGUUUACCUGCAGAGUGAGUACACUUUGACCCGCAUGCUAACGACACUCAUCUUCACGUGGUUGCACACGCAGCUUUCUUUGCUGUCUGUCAUUGUCUACGGAAGCCCUGAAAGACAAGAAAAUCCCUUUUCUAAGUCUGAUCUGAGUGUUUCCUCUCCUGUGGUUAUGACUAAAGAACAGGUGAACGUUUUUACGUCUUUUACGUUUUUUACGUUUUUUCCAGAAUAAUCCAAAAAGAUUUCUCAGUUUUGCCAGAAUCAUUUCUUUGGCAGGUGAAUACAAACAAACAAUGUUCAGGUUAAGUUACUUUUUUCUUUUUACCUGUGAAAACAAGAGAAAGUUUUGGUCAAUUAUUAUAAUUUAUUUUUAUUUUGGUGUUUUUUGUUGUAAUACUAGUUCCGGCCACCAGAGCAUUUAUAUUUCCUUCCAGGUGAGUUUUGAGAAAAACGUGAAGGUAACGUUUCAUAACUUGCUAACAAACAAUAUACGCAGCUGCUCGUCAGUUAAUCGACCUUGUGUUUAAGAAAACACAAAUGCUUUUAGUCCCAUUUAGAGCGGCGGUGCUCUCUGGUGGCCGAAAUGAGUAUUACAACAACAAACCCCAGAAAAAAACAAAACUUUCACCUUUUUUCACAGAUAAAAAACAGAAUUAGAAUAAUUAUCCUGGAAAAACGUUAUUUUCAGUUUCACCUGCUCUAAAAUCAAAAUCACGUGUUCUUAAGCCAUAAACAAAGAAUAAAAACUAUUUAAAUCAGACUUAAAACACGGAUCACCUCAUGUCCUUGUUUCUCGUCGGCCUCCGUACGUGGUCAUGUGAAAGUGACAGCAAUGACAGCUUCUCAUGCGUCUGAUAGGACUAGCAGUUUUCUUUUAUUAAAUUGACUUUUUAAUGGUACAAGAGGAGAAAGACGAAGGUGUUUUGUGGUUGUUUGCUUUCAAUGUCACCAAGUGCCAGGUACACACUGAGUACAAAUAGGAGCCUUUUGCAUUCAAAGCAAGUCACCGCUGGUGUCUGACUGUAGCGCCGACAUUAAAGUGCCCCGCACCAUUACAGGGCAUGGUGUUGUUUUUAUUUAUACGUCUUUUUUUUUUUACUGCAUUUGUGUUUUGACCUAAUCUGCUUGCCCAUAGCAUGGCCUUAAUAUAUUUGCUCUUUUUAUUAAACAAGUUUUGACGAAUUGAAAUGUUUUGCUGCUCAGAUGCUUUCUUACUUUGGCCUGUGAUUCUUGUGUCCACUCCAUUUGAUUCUUCUUCUUCUUCUUCUUCUUCUUCUUCUUCCUCUUCCUCCGCAGCAAAGGCCAAGUAAACCCACCUCGACUCUAAAUUCCUCGCAGACUUUGGUUUUGUUUUGUGUUGUGCAUGUGUGUUUUGGGCAGCACAUCUUACAAAGAGCUGCAUGUCAGUUAAAUAAUCUGAAGACAAAGAGGCUCAUAAAAGUUAAUUUCUUAUAGGCCAUACAUAAAUGUCAGUCCCUCCAUCCUCCUGCAUGAAGAGCUUUAGAUUCUCAUGCCAUCCUUUUAGACAAAGAUCUUAGUACCGUGUACAGAAGUGUACAAUAUUCCAUGGUGCAUGUCCGCUCCGCAGCCACCUGCUCCCCAGACUUGUGUAAUAGACGAUGUAUAGUAUUGGUAAAUAGAAUAGACAUUCGUCAGAUAGUACAAAUGUUAAAUAAGCUCAAAAAAAAACCGUUCAUCUUUCCUAAGGAAAUACUUUUAUGGAAUAUUUAAACAUAAAACAUCCUUUAUUUUUGCUUUGCACUGAGACGUGCAACAUGUCUGGAGCAGCGGACGUGCAGCGGUGCAGCCUGGAGAACGUGGCGGUCCCUCUACUGGCACUUUCUUUUUUUUUUUGCCAAACUACUGUACUGUAUUUUCAGAGAUGAUUGUACAAUGUGUCACAUGAACUUUGGUUUCAGGUCAAUAAAACUGUCAUACAUGAAGAGUUUA